UCUACAAGAGAAAAAUUUAUUUUUCGUAGUAAAGUAGUUUAUAUAUUCGUAAAAUGUAGUAAAAGUACUAUACUCAUAUUUCCUGAACUGCCAGAAUCAUUACUAUGGUUCUAAAUAAAUGGUAAGUCUAAAUAUCAGCGUUUUCAGUUUUCAGCAAUUUUUAUUCAUUUGGAGAAAUUAUUAUGUUAUAUAAUAAUACAUGACACAACUAACAGUUUUUUUUUCUGAUGUUAUUAAGAAAGUAAUAGAAAAUGAUCAUUUAAAUGAAUUACGAAAUAAAAUUCGUUAUCAUUAUAUCCAGUAAAAUAAAUCAGUAACGAUACCAUUUUGUUUAGUUACUCAGGAUAGUAAAUAUUUCUUAUCUAUUUUGUCUGGAUACUUGUUUGUUUACUUUAUCAGAACUUUAACGCCCACUACUUACAGAAUUCAUUAAAAACUGAUAAUAUUAUUAAUUAGGACACAAUUGUCUAGUUGCUGUAUUAUGAUAUUUAAAUUUAUGAUAUAUUGUUCGUAGUAUUAACGUUUACAAAAUCUUUUAGAAGUGUAAAUUGAUUUAUCUUAAAUUGUUUUUCUAAAAUUAUGAGUAUUUAAAAAGGAAAUUAACUGUCCAUUUCAAGUACCUUUGUUUUAAGCAUUUUUACGAAUAAUGGCAGAAUUUGUAGAAUAUCAACCAUACCACCAUACAACAUCAUUAGUAACUCACAGUUAUGGAGUUGAAUUAUUUCCCCAAAUAAAUAGCAUUGUAAGUGCUAAGAAAAAUUCCCCUGAAGAAGCUCUAAAGAAAUUAAAACAGUUACUUCGGACAAAACCAUGGAAUGUAGAAUAUGGUUAUUUAACUGAGCCUGUUAAUGAAAGUAUUUUAAUAAAAUUUCUAUAUGCAAGGAAAAUGAAAGAAAACAAAGCAUUGGAAUUGAUCCAUAACUAUCACCAAUUUAGAAAGGAACACAGAGAAUGGUUUUAUCAGUUAGAACCAUAUGAUCCGAAAAUUCAGAUGGCUCUUCAAGAUGGAUUUCCUUCUGUACUACCCAAUUGUGAUAGAAAAAGCAGAAAAAUUAUUUUCAUGGUAUGUUCUCAGUGGAAUACUGAUCGCUAUUGCUUAUUGACAAUAUACAGAGCACUAAUAUUAUCACUUGAGCAUUUAGUUAAAAAUACUCAUACUCAGUACAAUGGAUUUGUAAUAAUUGUUGAUUGGACCAAUUUUACUACUCGACAAACAAUGAAUAUCAAUCCAAGAAUUUUACGUAUUAUGCUACAAGGUUUACAAGAUUGCUUUCCUGCCAAAAUAAAAGCAGUUCAUUUUAUUAACCAACCAUGGUAUAUAGAGGGUCUCAUGUCAGUUGUAAAACCAUUUCUUAAAGAAAAGACAAAAAAUAAAAUUAUAGUUCAUGGAUUAAAUUUGAACACAUUACAUGAUCAUUUUCCUAAAGAUGUUCUUCCAUCUGAACUAGGUGGUGAACUUCCACCAUAUGACUCUAGAACAUGGUUGAAAUGUCUUUUGGAGUCAUCCUUAGGUGUUUCUUUAUGAUUUUUAUAGUAUUUUAUUUUAAUUUAAAGUUAUUUUUUAAAUAUUAAAAUUAAACGAAGAACCGCUUAAAUUUUCUUUAUAAAAACUAUUUUAAUAUUAAAAUUAUGAGUGUGACUAAAUGAAUAUGAUAGUCAAAUUUACUAGUUUCUAACCUUCUUUGAAAUGUGAUACUAAAUAUUACUUGUUUUAAUCAGUAAAAAAGAUUAAAUAUCCUUUAAUUACUUAAACUGGCUUUGUGGUAAUAAUUCUGGUCUAUUUAAAAUUAAAACAUAAAUAUAUUUAAUUUUUUUAAAUAAUUGUUAUUAAAUAAGUCUGAAAAACUUAAAUUAGAAUAGACAGUAUUUUUUUUUUAUUUUAAUUUUUAACAAAU